AUGGAAAUCGUGGCGAAGAAGAAGUGGGAAAAGCAAGCGCUCACGCCGCGUGGACUUCCGGUGCGCAUCCCGAUGCACGUGAAGACGAACGACAAGGUCGUCGUCAUCGCGGGGGCGGAUAAAGGCAAGGUGACGAACGUGGUGGAAGUCUUCACCAAGACCGGGGAGGUGCUCUGCAAGGAUGUUAACGUGAAGACGAAGCACGUCAAGCCGCGCGGCGAAGGCGAGACGGGACAAAUUAUUCAGCGUGAGUUCCCGAUUCAUCACUCCAACGUGAUGCACUACAGCGAGGCGAAGUCCGUCCGGUCGCGCAUCGGCACGAAGGAAGAGGGAGGCAAGAAGGUUCGCGUGUUGAAGAAAACGGGCGAAGUGCUCGCCAACUAG